UUGCAAAAUAGCAUAUUUUAAAGUGGAAUUUACGGUCACGCUGGUCAUUAAUGUCAUGGCGGACACAAAGCAAAAAAGCGGUGGGAGAAAAAAAUAUGUGCGCAAAGAAUGGAAAAAUCUAAUGUAAAAAAUUCAAUUUUACUAUAAUGAUGAAAAUGUAAACGAAUGAUGUGUACAAAUAACAACAAUAGCAAGACAAUAAUGUAUAUUUAAGUGUAACAUUUACAAUGAUUACGGCAAGGUGAAACGAAUAAAUGAAUGAAAAUAUGACGCGAAAAUAUGAUUUCAACUCCGUGCACAGGCACCACCAACAAAAUCAGUGUUUGUAGUGUCAGUGGAAAAUUGGCAAUUGCGUACGUCGUUUAUGUAAAUGCGGAGCACGGGGAGAAGCAGAAUAAAAAACCAAAUUGCAAAUUGCCACAAUAUAUAUAUAUAAAAUAAUUCGUGUACAAAAUCGAGCGCGUUCUCACGUCUCGCCGCGACUUGUGGUGAGAGACUGAAAAUAUUGGGGGAAAAAGAGGCGCGAAAAAAUCGCACAACAAAAUGGUUGUCUCAAAAGACAACAAGCGUCGUCGCAAGGAGACGGAGACCCCGCCAACGUCAUCGUCAGCAGCAGCGGCGGCCACUUUGGCUGUGGAGUCAUCACCUGAGAUGCCUAAAAGAACGAAGGUGCAGGCACAGCGUAAAUUCGCCCAGGGUCAGAGUGCACCCAGUUCAGCGUCAGCUUACAGCGCUGUUGCCGCCGCAGCAGCGACGGCGGCAGCAGCAGCUGGUGGAACAGCAUCGGGACCGAGCACUUCGGCAGCGGACAGCCAUCAACAGCCACCGAUUGAGAUACUGCCCAACAAGUGUCCCAAGCCGCAGGAUUUCUUGACGUUCCUUUGCUUUCGCGGCACAUCCGCAUUACCCGCGCACUUGGACUAUCUGAAUCAGGGCAAGCCCAAAGCCAAUGAUGUCGUCCCGCCCAGCAGCAGCGCUAGCAGCAAUAACGAUGCGAGCAAGAAGAAAAACAAUAGCAACAGCAGCAAAAAGAAAAGGGGAAGACCUGCCAAACCAAGUAAUAAAGCGGCAGCAGAUGAGCCACUGCAGCAGCAGAAGCAGCAACCAUUGCAACUCCCUGCGGCAACAACAAGUGAUAAAAUUGAGGCAGCUGCAACGACGCCUCCAGUUUUGCUGGCGGGAGCAGUGCGCAAGCGGGCUGAGGUGAUUACAGAGGGCAAUCGACGUGGUGGACGACGCAAUGAGACCCUGAAGCGACGCUCCAACCGUGCAAGUAACAACAAGGAGAAGGAGGAGGAGCAGCAACAACAGCAACAAAUAGAGCAGGACGAUGCUGAGCAGGAGGACGACGACGAGGACGAGUUUUUUAGUGCACAUGAUGCAAGCUCACGCAACGGAGCUGCUGAGGAGUCACUGUCCAAGGCGGAGGCGACAGCGACGCAGGGAAAACGUGGUCGCCAACAGGCAGCAGCUAGAAAAACUGCUGUCGCCUCACCCGCUGCCACCGAGAGCAGCAUCACUAAGGAGAAGGGACCUGUGAAACGUGUGCGGCAACGUGAAUCACCCAUUUUUAUACCAUCACCUGAAUCCUCGGGACGCAUGACACGUCAGCGUGCUUUUUUUGAGCCAGUUAAGGUGGUGCCCAAGCAACCACCUGAUGACGAGGCCGACGAAGAGCAGGAGGAAGUAGCAAAGCCGGCAGAACACAAGGAAAAAGAGAAAGAAAAGGAUAAGGAAGUGAAGCAGCCGGCGUCGAAGAAAGCCAACGACUCAGGAACUGGAAGCAAGCAACAGCAGCAACAGCUCAGCAAGGAGAAGACAAACUCCAGCAUUUAUGCCAAAGAUGCUGCCAAGCAACUGGAGAAUGGUGGAACUGCGUCCGAUGUGGCAGCCGAGCAGCAAAAGGCACUCAAUGUAUUCGACUUUAGUUCGGACGAUGAGCAGCCGCUGGCCAAGUCCAUUAAACUGAAAAAGGGUUCAAAAAAGGGGGCAGCAACAACGACAGCAGUUGCCGCCACGGCGCCAGCACGAGGACGCAAAGCAGCUGGAGGCGCAGCAAAAAAGCAGCAGCAACAACAACAACAGCAGCAAUCAAGGGAAGAGGAUAAAGAGAAGGUGGACACGACACCAGCUACAACGCCAAGCAAAGCAGAGGAGCCUCCCAAAGCGAAACGCGGCAAAGUAUCGAAGAAAGCGAAAGCGGAGGAAGAGCAGCAAGACACUGAAUUAGAUCAGCAGCAGGAAGAGGCAGAGAAAGAGAAGAAGCAGAACGUUAGCAAUCAUAGUGCGCGUCCUGCACGUCGCCAGGCGCAAGCCAAAGCCAACAAAGCUGCUGAUAAAGCGACCGUGGAGCGUUCAGUGAGUCCAAGUCCACAGCGAAAUCAGCGACCGUCGCGUAAAACGAAAGAGGCAGCUGCCAUCUACAUGGGCAUCAUUGGACACAAGCUGCAGCUGGCCGAUGACGAGGACGAUGAUCUGUCGUUGAGCAGCUUUCCCGACAUACCGAACGUCAAGGAGAUGGAGAAGAUGGAGAAGGAGAUCAAAAAGAAUGCGGCGGGUAAAUCAAGUGAUAGAGAGAGCAGGCGAAAGUCUCCUAAGCCAACGGCAGCCACACCAGCAGCAACAACAACUACUGCAGCAGCAGCAGCUGUUGCUGCAGUUGAGGCACCUGCAGCUGUAGCAACUGUUGCUGCUGUGGAGCCAACAACACCGCCUGAGGCAACAGCAGCAGCAUCGAGUUCAGCGCCAAGACGUGGACGACCGCCAAAGCAGGCAAAAGGUGGUGCUUCGACCUCCACGGGAGCAGCGGGGGCAGCCACAGCCAAGCCUCAGAUUGAGGGAAUGUUGGUCAAGAAAGGUGCACUGGCGCUGGCCAAAGCUAAGUCCGAACAGCAACAACAACAACAGCAACAGAAGCAGCAACAACAACAACAGCAGCAGCAAGAAAAAGACGACUCCGAUGCGGAGGAGGAUUUUUUAAUCAACGAGGAGCUAAACGAAACGAAGCGCAAGCUGGAAAAGAGUUUUAGCGACUCGGAUGAUGAGCCGCUGGCCAUCAAGGUGCCAACGUCAGGAGCAGCAGCAGCAAGCACAACAGCAACCACAACAGCCAAAGGCAGCGGCAGCAAAGAGGAAACUACAGCAGGUGGCGGAGCAAGUGGAGCAGCGCAGGAGUCAAGCAAAAGCGCAGCAAGUGGAGCAACAAAUGCAGCAACAAUCACGGCAACAACCGGAGCAGCAGCAUUAAGCGGAGCCACACCUAACACAACACCGCCUGCAGCUACGUUAAAUUGCACGCCUCCUAAGCAACUGACGCAACUGGGACUAGUUAGUGGAUCACCCGUGACCUUGCCGGGUACCACACAGUUGACCAUGCUGCCAUUGACAGCGAAGCCCACAACACAGUUCUCCAUAUCGCCACCGAGUUAUGCGCCUGCAGCCGCCGUCUUGAAGACCAUGGAGAAGAAGUCGCCGGUGCCCACGUCCAAGAUACUCAAUGUGCCUGCAACAUACGCAUUGCCUGGAGCUGGCGUGGGUGCUGUGGGGUUUGCCAAGACCACCUCGUAUUUGCCCCAAGCAUCGCCGCAUUAUCACACGCCCUACGUGCGUCCCUCGACGUUUGCGCCCGGCAGCAAGACACCACAACAGGGCACAGCGACGACGCCAGGCGGCGGUGGAUCUGUGGUGAGCUCGCCGCUGAAGUAUCAGACGCCGCCGACAACAUAUCCGCCGCCCAUUGAGGCGUAUCAGUGUCCGAAGAUUAACCCCAAUUUCUUGACGCCCAAAUACGAUCGCAGCAGCGUUUUGCCGCGCACCAACAACAACAACAGCAUCAACAACAAUAACACCAGCAGCAUGAACAGCAGCUUCACCUCGCCACGUGCCACACUCAGCAGUCUGGGCGGCGGCACAGUUGUUGCUGGCUCCGUUGUGACGCCCGUUAAAAGUGUGCUGCCUCCGCCGCCUGUUGUUAGUCAGGCACAAAGUCUGAAUCUCAGCUUGAAUGCCGUGGCGUCUACAUCGGCAGCAGCUGCAGCCGCAGUGCAACAGCAACAACAGCAGCAGCACCAACAACAACAACAACAACACCACCAGCAACAAUCGUUGCCACAGCAAUCACAGCAGCAGCAGCAGCAACAACAGCAACUAAUAGCUACUCCCAUGUCUACAGCGCAACCAGCGGCAAACGCUGGCGCAGCUGCACCGCCCGUUGAUCCGCUCAAGGAUGAAAUUGGCAGCAUCUUGGCGCAAGCGACGCUUAUGCCCAGCAAGGAGGAGUCGGGUAAGAUCUUUGGCAUUGCCAGCGUCAGCUUGGCGCAAAGUUCCGGACCCGACAACACCAAAUGCACGCUGGGGAAAUGCGGUUCCAUACACAAGCCGGUGCUGGGUCCUGUGGUGCCCACGGAGGGUUAUUUUGGCGAUCAGCUGACCAGCAAGGAGCGACGCAAAGCCAAGGUGAAUAUGACGCACGAACAGAUACAAAAGUGGCUCAUCGAGUGCAGCUCGAAUCCCGACGAGAUUCAGGACGACUUGGACGAUGAGUUCGAUGAGAGUCUGCGGCCGCAGCAGGCGCAAACACCGCCAGGACCUACGACGCGUGAUGACAAGGAGAGCACAAGCUUUAGCAGUUCCUCGAACAAGACGCGCGGCGAGCUGGGCAAGAGCGAGAGCGCCUGGUCAGCCAAGGGACCUUCGCUGAAGGCGACGCCGGUGCUGGUGAGUCAAGCAGCCGCUUCAGCUGCCACGGGAGUUGGUGGCAAUCGUAGCAAGGAUGCGGCAGACAAUGAGUCGGAUGCUCUGGACUUUGACAAGUGUGUGACACCGGUGAAUCUCACGCAGAAGUCACAACUGGACGCAGUCGUUGACAAGAAGUUGCCAGAGAAGAAGGCGAAGAAUGCCAGCGCAGCUACAGCAGCAACAACAGCUGCUGCGACAACGACGUUGCCAGUGGCCAGAGCAGCUGCAGCGGGCAGCAAACGCAGUGCAGCAGCAGCAGCGGCAGCUUCAAAUACCGCUAGUCCAACGCCCACCAAAUCCAAGGCGGGCAAUAAGAAGCAAGCAAAUGCAGCUGCCAAGCUAACAACGACGACGACAACGACGCCGCCACCAAGUAACAAUAAUCCCGCCACGCCCACAACACCUGCAAAGCGUACGCCCAUCUAUCAGAAUCAGAGCAGCAAAAGCAAGGCGCAAACGCAGCUGGACAACAAGCAGCAACAGUUGGAGAAACAGCAACAGCAGCUGGAGAAGCAGCUACAACAGCUCUCGGAGAAGAACACAACGUCGGUGUAUGCUUUUGGCAAGGAAGAGGAGACAGGGGCAGCAACAACAGUUGCUGGCAAGGCAGCGAACCGCAAACGCAAUGCAGCAGACAACGAGGCAGCAGCAACCACUGCUGUAGCAGCAGCAACGCCGCCGCCAGCGCUGAGCGAACGUUCGCCAACGAAAAAGCGUGCGGCAGCUGCAGCAGCAGCAACGGCAGUUCAGCUUACAUUGAGUCCAACCGAUAAGCUAGAAAAGCCCAAGGCGACAGCGGCAGCAGCGCGCCAAGCGAAGAAACAACAGCAGCAGCAGUCGGAGAAGCAGCAACAGCAAGUGGAGAAGCAACAGUCUGUGACAAGUCCCGUUGGCUCGGAUGCCGAAGGUGCCACCUUCUACAUACCGUUGUUGCAAGGCGCUAGCGGUGGCGGUGAUGGCGGCAUUCAAGGUGUCGCUGUGAAGCUGGGACGCGAGGGACCCGAUGGACCCAAUCAAAAGGUCGUGAUGCAAGCAACGUUGGUGACCAAAGCACAAAUGGACACCAAUUCCAAGCCGUUGCCCGACAAUGAGCUGGUGAAAACCCUGCUCAAUGCAGCCACCACCACCAGCAACGAUGCUGCAACAACAACCACAACAGUCACAGGCAGCAACAGCUUGAAAGCCAGCACCUCAGCAGCAGCUGCUGCAGCCACAAGUUUAGUCCGCGUUAAUUCCAAUUCAUCGCUGUUCUCCGGCUCCGCCAAGUCAAGAACAGCGGCCGCAACAACCACAGCAGCAGCGAACGCAACCAAUGCGGCAUUGGCCAAAAAGUACAAGGAUGACACGCCAAUUAAGAUGGCCAACAAUACGGCGUUUCCACGGCACGAUGAUCCCACGCAAAUGGUCGAGGCGCCCAUCUUCAAACCCACCGAGAAAGAGUUUGCCGAUCCCAUUGAGUUCAUCGAACGCAUCACACCGAUUGCUGCGCGCUUUGGCAUCUGCAAGAUUAUACCGCCAGCCAGCUUUAAGCCCGAGUGUCGCAUCUCGGACGAGAUGCGUUUCACGGCCUACAAUCAGUAUGUGCACAAGAUGCUGCAUCGCUGGGGGCCCAGUGCCAAGGAGUUGAGUGCCAUCAAAAAGUAUUUGGCCACCCAGAGCAUUGUGAUGAAUCAUGCGCCCUGGAUCGGUGGCAUGGAAGUGGAUCUGCCGCGUCUCUAUCACACCGUCCAGGAACUCGGUGGUCUCAAAGAGGUCAUCGAGAAGAAGAAAUGGGCGCGCGUCGCCGAGGAGAUGUGCAUACCGAAGUUGGCGCAAGAUCGUGUCACCAAAUUGGAUGACAUCUACUGCAAGUAUUUGUUGCCCUACGACACAUUGUCGCCAGCGGAGCGACAGAAGCUCUUCGACGAGGUCGAAGCCGAUUGGGCCAAGCGAGAGGCACGCGCUCGUCGGAAUGCGGAUCGUUUUGUGAACAGCACGGAGAGCGUAUCGAACGAGGAGGACGACGUGUCCACCGAUGAGGAUGAGGAGUCUGAGGAGGAGAUCGAUGGCGUGUCAAUGGAAUGCAUUGUCAAGGGACGCAGCAUGCCGCUCAGUCAGUUCUAUCGCAUUGCCCGCAACACAAUGGCUCUGUGGUUCAAGAGCACCGAUCCCACCGUUAACGAAGUGGAAGCGGAAUUCUGGCGUCAUGUCGCUGUGCGCGACAGUCAUGUGUGCGUCCAUUCUGGCUCCAUUGAUAGCUCCGGCUGGGGCUAUGGUUUUCCUAGUCCGGGACCCAAAGGCAAGGGCUCGAAUUAUGCGCGACAUCCGUGGAACCUCAAGGUGCUGACCAACAAUGCCGGCUCGGUACUGCGUUCCCUGGGACCUGUGAUGGGCGUCACCGUGCCCACGCUACAUGUGGGUAUGCUAUUUUCCGCCUGCUGUUGGUAUCGUGAUCCGCACGGUCUCUCGUGGAUCGAGUAUUUGCAUACGGGCGCCUCAAAGCUGUGGUAUGGCAUACCCGACGAUCAGAGCGCCAAUUUCCGCUCAGCACUGACGUCGUUGAUACCGACGCAUUGUCAAAACAAGACAAUCUGGUUGCCCUGUGAUACGGUGAUGGUGCCGCCGCAUAUGCUCACCGAUCGUGGCGUCUCCUUGUGUCGCAUCGAGCAGAAGCCCGGCGAGUUCAUUGUGGUCUUUCCACGCGCCUACACCUCCAGCUUGGCCACCGGUUAUGUGGUCUCGGAGAGCGUUUACUUUGCCACCAUGUCGUGGCUGGACUUGGCCAAGGAUGACUUCAGGGACAUUCAUGAGAGCUGUGAGCCGGCCAUGUUCUCCUUGGAGCAGCUGCUUUUCGCCCUGGGCUACGAUCAGCGCGUCAAUUCGGACACAUUGCAGCAAAUGCUACCGAUGCUGAACGAGGUCUGCGAAAAGGAAUCUGCAGCACGUGAGCAGUUGAGGGCCGCUGGCGUCACGUCCACGGAGAAGGUGCAAGCGGAGAAGGGCCAAAAGGCGAAGAAGCAACAACAGCCGCCGUACAAGUCCAUUGAGAGCGAAUGUGAUUUGUGCCGCGCCAAUUUGUACAUAUCGAUGGUACGCACCGAGGAAGGCAACGUUUACUGUUUGCAGCAUGCGCUGAAAAAUCUCAACAACGGCAACAUUCAAGCCAAGCAAUGCAAACUGAUUUAUGCGUACAAUGUGGACGAUAUUCUGCAGCUAAUACGACAGCUGCAGGAAAAGAUCCAACACAAGCAGGCGGUGAAGAAAAAGUAGCAUCGACGACGUCGCUUUUAAAUGACGGCGACGACGAUGACGUAGCGAUGAAUCUUUGUAUAUACAAAAAAAAAAAAAAAACAGAAUGUAGUAUUCAUCUAUGAUUGUAGAUAUAUUCAGCGUGGCAAUUGGCAAUGGCAAUGAAAUUUUUGCUUGCAAUUUUGACUAGUAUACAUAGAUAUAUACUUUAUAAAUAUAAAUAUACAAAUAUUGGCUACAGAGCGAAACUAAUAAUGUUUAAGUAACACGUUUGCAAUCAAUUUUGUUUUCCAUUAUAUAUUUUUUGUUAUCAUUACUUGAUCAAAAGUAUUUAUGCUGUAUGUUAUUGUAUAUAGUAAUUAGUUAGCCCUUUCGAUUAAGUCAAAACAAAAAGAAAACAAAAUCAGUUGAUACAAAGAUUUAUACACUGCUAAACAAGUGGCAAUUUCUAC